AUGCCCGCAAAGCAGCGCUUGGCCCAGCUCUCUGCCCAACUCAAGGCCCCCAACACCACGACCAGUGGCAUCAGCAUCAGCAGCUCACACCCCGUGCGCCUCAUAGUCGCCCCCGCCGGCACGGCCGUCAACACGCAGGCCGAGCAGUUCACCAAGCACGAGCUGCUGGGCCUGCGGCGCGCGGACCUCGACCCGGCGUCGCCCGUGACGCAGUUCCACAGCUGGUUCACGCUCGCGCAGCGCUCCGGGCAGAUCGGGCACCCGGAGACGUGCACGCUGUCGACGGCGGCGCUGCCGAGCGGCCGCGUCUCCUCGCGCGUCGUCUACCUCAAGGAGCUCGACGCCACCGGCUUCGUCGUCUACUCCAACUUCGGCACCAGCCGCAAGGCCGCCGACCUCGCCACCAACCCCUGGGCGUCGCUCGUCUUCUGGUGGGAGGCCCAGGAGCGCCAGGUCCGCGUCGAGGGCCGCGCCGAGCGCCUCCCGCGCGACGAGAGCCAGGCCUACUUUGACCUGCGCGCGCGCGGCAGCCGCAUCGGCGCCUGGUCGAGCCGCCAGAGCCAGGUGCUGCGCCCGGACCCGGCGGUCGAGGGCGACGACGGCCGCGCCCAGCUGGACCGCUGGGUGCGCGAGACGGAGGAGCGCUUCAAGGGCCAGGAGGAGAUCCCCGUGCCUGAGUUCUGGGGCGGCCUGCGCAUCGUCCCGGAGCGGGUGGAGUUCUGGCAAGGCCGCGAGAGCCGCUUGCACGACAGGUUUGUGUACGAGAAGGAGGGCGAAGGCGAAGCGGCAAAGUGGACGCUUGAGAGGUUAAGCCCGUAG